AUGACCUACAUCUGUUCCUGCUCUGCCUGUCCACCACCAGACGCCAGCCGGCUCAAAGUCUCUGGCAGCCAGCAGCAGCUGGAAAGAGGGAGGAAGGAGUGUGAGGAGGCUGGAGGCUGGUGGGCCAUUCAGUGCAGUGGCUAUGGCUCCUGUGGUGUCUGUGACCGCUCCAGAACGCAGUUAGCACACUGUGGCAUUCCUCCACACAGGGAGGCCAUGACUGGGCUGGAGUGGGGGCCAGAAGUGGCAGCAAGAGAUCAGUUUCCACCCUCAGAAGAGCAAGGAGAAGCUGGAAGUAUGGCAGGAAAGCCCCCUAAGAAGUCCUCCAUCCCUGGUGUGAGCAUCCGGCAGCUGGUGAAUGAGAUCCCUGAGGGCUGCAGCACACCAGAUUUCAAGCAGAAACCUGUCACCUUGGCUCUCCCAGAGGGAAAGAAUGCCAUUUUUCGGGCGGUGGUCUGUGGGGAACCUAGGCCUGAAGUGCACUGGCAAAGCACCAAAGGGGACCUCUGCAACUCCAGCAAGUACCAGAUCUCCUCUGCCCCUGGCGGCGAGGAACACGUGCUGCAGAUCAACAAGCUGACUGGAGAGGACUCGGAUCUGUACCGCUGCAGAGCCGUGAAUGCCUACGGAGAAGCCACGUGCUCAGUGAGGCUCACCGUCAUCGAAGUGGGUUUUCGGAAGAACCGAAAAAGGCAAAUGGAACCUCAGGAGGACCUCAAGCAAGAGCUGAUAGACUUUCGGAAGAUGCUGAAAAAGAGGACCCCACCUCCAGCCCCUGAUAAAAAGAUGGAGUCUGCGCAGGUGUGGCAGCUGCUCAUGACUGCAGACCGUAAGGACUAUGAGAAGAUCUGUAUGCAGUACGGCAUCGUUGACUUCCGUGGCAUGCUGCGUAAGCUGCAGGAGAUGAAGAAGGAACAGGAAGACAGAAUGGCACAGUAUGUCCACGCCAUUGCCAACUUGAGACAUAUCAGGGUCACCAAGGAAGGAGUCGCCACGUUUGACCUGGAGCUGGAUCUCAAGGACUUUGGGAGCAAGAUUUACCUGUACAAGGAUGGUGAGAUGAUUCCCUACGGCUUCGAUAACCAGACCAAGCACUGUCUGAGACGACUGGGGAAACGCUACCACUUCCAGAUCCAGGACCUGCGGCCCGAGGAUGCUGGCCUUUACCAGGUCAUGGUGGAGGAUGCUGUGGUCUUCUCCACAGAGCUAGAGGCCAGCACCAUUCCCCCGAGAGUGGUGGUCCCCUUGGCAGAGGCCUGCUGUGAGGAACAGGGUGAUGCUGUCUUUGAAUGCACACUCUCCAAUCCGUGUCCCAAUGCUGCCUGGCAUUUCCAGCACCGAACACUGAGGCUCAGUGACAGAUAUGAAGUCUCUGUGUCCCCUGAUGGGCUAACCCACCGGCUGGUUGUGAAGGGGGCCAGUUGCUCAGAUAUGGGCCUCUACUCGUUGAACACAGGACUCCACGCCUCCAGCGCCUGGCUGGUGGUUGAAGGUGGGAAGGAUAAAGGCCCACAGACCACAGAUACUGACCACCGACUGCAAAGCAGGAGAGAUACCCAAGAGGGCAGGUCGGAUGUCUGUGGCCAGCGACAAGACGCUACCCAGAGCCCCAGAUCCAGAUACAAGCCUGGCCCUGGCUCUUCUACAGAGGCACGAGGCUCCAUGGACCACUUCUCUCAGGGUCUGGUUGAUACAGAGGUGCAGCUGGGGGAAGCUGCUGUACUUUCCUGUACCCUCACUAGUGACCUGGGACCUGGCACCUGGUUCAAGGAUGGAGUCAAGCUCCCUGCCGGCGAUGGGGUCGUGCUUGAACAAGAUGGGCUCACACACAGGCUGAUCCUCACCCACGUGGAGGGGACCCAGGCUGGGAGAUACACGUUUGUGGCCGGCAGACAGCACACUGAGGCCAGCCUGGCUGUGCAGGAUCCCCCCACCAUUGCCCCAGAUGUGACAGAGACACUGAGAGAGCCCCUGGUGUUCAAGGCUGGGAAGCCAGUGGUUGUGAAGAUCCCCUUCCAGAGCCACCUCCCUGUUCAGGCUGUGUGGAGGAAGGACGGGGACGAGGUGGUGGGCAGCAACCGCAGGGGCAUCCAGGUGGCUCUGGGGGAUGGCUACACGCGACUGUGCCUCCCCAGUGCGAGCCGGAAGGACAGUGGUCUGUACAGCGUGACACUGAGCAGCGAGGGAGGCUGCGUGCAGGCUGAGUUCACCCUGCAAGUUAUAGACAAGCCCCAGCCCCCGCAGGGACCCCUGGAGGUACAGGAUUGCCACAGAGCAGGCGUCUGUCUCUGCUGGCGGCCCCCAAAGGAUGACGGGGGCCAAGCCAUACAACACUAUGUGGUGGAGAAGCGACAGGCUGGAAGGAGCACUUGGCUGAAGGUGGGCGAACCCCCACCGGACAGUACCAGCUUCACCGACACCAGCGUGGAGCAGGGCAGGAAGUAUGCCUUCCGUGUACGGACUGUGACCUCAGAAGGAGCUGGGGAUGCCCUGGAAUCUGAGGAGGUGUUGGUGGCUCCUGAGGCUCUCCCAGGGCCCCCGUCUGCCCCAGACAUCUUGUCGGCCUCCAGCCAGAGCAUCACUCUAACAUGGGUGGCACCACAGGGCCCCGGCAGUGCCCACAUCUUGGGUUACCUGGUUGAGAAACGCAAGAAGGGGAGCAACACCUGGAUUACUGUGAACGAGCAGCCUGUGGCAGAAAGGAGGUGCACCGUGGUGGAUCUGCGGCAGGGCUGCCAGUAUGAGUUCCGGGUUAGGGCUGUGGCUCCCUCAGGCCCCGGAGAGCCUGGGCCUCCGUCGGAUGCUGUGUUUGCUCGAGAUCCCAAGAGACCUCCAGGGCCUGUUCGGGAUCUCCGGGUCACAGACACAUCUAACACCAGCGUCACCCUGAGCUGGACGAGGCCAGACACCCAGGAUGAUGAUGAAGUCCAGGGUUUUAUCGUGGAGUUGUGUGGCUCAGACAACCUUCAGUGGAGCCCAUGCCAUGUGGGCACUGUGCCAGGCACCACCUUUACAGUCAAGGGGCUACGGCCCCAAGAAGGCUACUUACUGCGGGUGACCGCAGUUAAUGAUGGGGGCCAUGGGCAAGCCACUUGCCUGGACUCAUUGGUUCACGCCAUGCCUGCUGCUGUCUUUCCCAAGUUCCUCAUGGACUCCAGUACAAUGGAUACACUGACCGUCAAAGCUGGGGACAGCAUUCGAGUUCCUGUCUCCUUUGAAGCUGCCCCCAUGCCUGAGGUGACCUGGCUGAAGGAUGGCUUACCCUUGCCCAAAAGAAGUGUGACCACCGUGAAGGAUGGCCUUGCCCAACUUCUGAUUCCUGCAGCUAGCCUCUCGGACCGAGGCCAAUACACUGUGAUGCUCAGAAACCUACAGGGGAAGGAGGCCACCUACAGCUUCUCCAUCAGUGUGGCAGCAUGCCCACAGGCACCGGGACCCGUCUCCUUGCAGGAGAAUGUGCCCGGGACAGUGACGGUCCAAUGGGAACCCUCUCCGGAUGAGGCUCAGGGCAUCCCCUUGUACUAUACGGUGCUGAAGCGCUCCUCGGCUCACGGAUCCUGGUGUGAGGUGGCCAACCGUGUCCACACCAACCGCUUCACCCUCCUGGGGGUCCUCCCUGGCCAUGAGUACCACUUCCGGGUGCUGGCCAAGAAUGAGCUGGGGGCCAGCAAACCUUCAGACACCAGCCAACCCUGGUGUAUCCCCAAGCAGAGAGAGAAGUUCACAGUGAAGGCUCCAACGUACCGGGAACCCAACCUGAGCCAGAAGCCCCGCUUCCUGGUGGGUCUGCGGGCUCACUUGCUGCCCCAGGGCUGCGAGUGCCGCAUGACCUGCGCCGUGCAGGGCUCGCCGAGUCCCCGCGUCACCUGGUUCAGGAACAACCAAAGCUUGGACAGAAACCCCGCGCUGUACAGUACUGACAUGCUGGGUGUGUGCUCCCUCGUUAUCCCCAGUGUGUCCCUUAAGGACAGUGGCGAGUACAAGGCUGUGGCCGAGAACCCACUGGGUCAGGCCGUCAGCACAGCCACCCUCAUUGUGACAGAAUACAACUCCUAGCCCCACUUGACCUGGAAUCCUAGCCUUGCCCCACCCCACAGCCCUGAGACGGAUGUCAGCUCUCUGAAG